AUGAAAAAUAUUUUUAGGGAGCUGGGGGUGGGGAACAUGUCGGACUCCGAGCUCGGCAGGAAGUGGGACCAGUGCAUGGCGGAUGCGGUCGUGAAGAUAGGUGUCGGUUUUGGAUUAAGACUGGUUUUCUCACUUACCUUCUUUAAAAGAAGAAUGUGGCCAUUAGUCUUUGGUUCUGGCACGGAAUUGGGAAUGGCCGACUCCAACUGUCAGCAUGAUUUCCAGGCUCCGUAUCUUCUACACGGAAAAUAUGUCCAAGAGCAGGAGCAGUGACUUCCACCUGAGAACAUCCCAGUGGGAGGAAAAGAGAAAUCAUGUCUAUUCCUCCGGAAUACUGAAGUGCCCUGGAGUCAGCUGACAUU